CACGGAUGCGAGAGUUCGAUAUAGAAUACUCUAUUGAUAUUUGAUAAUAGGACCUGUUUGUUCAGAGAGAUGCUUAGAUAGAUGAUAUUUAUAUGAGCUAUCUCACUUGUGAAGUACUUCAGUUUCGUAUUACGUCGAUAUAUAAUAUAGAGUAACCAUGUCUAUUCUAGAGAAUCAAGACACCAUCACAGAGGCGUACGAAGACGUGCGCAACGAUAAUUCUGACACAGAAUGGUUAUUCUUAGCAUACAACGAUGCUAACAAGGUCUACCUAGAGUCUAAAGGCACUGGUUACGACAACUUGCUGGCUAAGUUUACUGAUGACAUCAGGGCGUACGCUUUUGUUCGCGUAGAGACUGGUGACGAACUAAGCAAGCGCGCCAAAUUUGCGUUGAUCACUUGGAUCGGUGAUAACGUCGGUGCUUUAAAGAAAGCUAAGGUUUCGGUGCAAAAGAGUGAGGUAAAGGCCGUGAUCAAGAGUGUGGCGGCUGAGGUACUCGCCAAUGACAAGGGUGAUGUGGCCUACAAGGUGCUUGACGACUUGGUCCGUAAGGCGGGUGGUGCUAACUACGGGACCGGGUCUCGUUAAUUAAUUAUAGAAAUAUUAUAAAGAUAUGUAUGUCUAAUAAUUCUCAGA